AUGGGAGACUACAGUGUCCUUCCAAGUAACGAGCACUCUAGUUCUCCAGUGAACCCAGACUUUCAAGGUUCUUCUAGUAUCUCAUGUCCACAAGGUCUCCUCCCUUCUCAAGGCCCUCCAAGGUCACAAGCUUCUGUCAGUGAUCUGAGGAAGCAACUGAGAAAACGCACGGUAUUCAGCCAGGAACAAAAGCUUGUCCUGCAGGAAUAUUUUGAUAAAUGCAUGAACCCAAGCCAAGAGCAAUGCAUGGCACUGGCUCAAAGAUUUGGCUUGAAGGAGUCCCAUAUCAGGAUGUGGUUCAAGAACAGACGAGCUAGAGCUAGACAGAAUCUGAAGAAUUCUCAAGAACUUCCUGGGGAGCCUGGCUCUGGAUCUCAUGAUAGGCCUGCCUACCCUCAAGGUUCUGUCCCUCUUGUCGCCUCUGCCAAUGCAGAUUACUUGUGCCAGAGCCCUGAGCUCCAAAACCACCCAUCCACUGUAAGCGAACCGAGUCUGCAAAUGUCUCAAAGUCCCCUUAUUCUACCAGGAGUGCUAAUGCAAUCAAGUCUCCAGGGACACUCAGAUGAUGAAAGAAUUCCACGUCCCCACGUGUCCCCAGACCCAUCAACGAAACCGAGUCCCCAAUUGCUGGGAACCGGAACAGCGCUCUCUAGACACCAGAUUCCCUUAAUUUCCUCAGUGAGUUCGGGUUGUAAGGUUUCCCAAGUCCCUAUUGCAUCUUCAGAUAAAUGUGGUGACCAGCAAGUUCACCCUGAAGUUCCGAGGAAGCAACGGAGAGAACGCACCGUAUACACCGAGGAACAAAAAGUUCUCCUCCAAAGACAUUUCGAUCAGGACAAGGACCCAAGCCUGCAGAAACGCAUGGAGCUGGCACUGAUGAUUGGUGUGACCGAGUAUGCGAUUAAGAUCUGGUUCAAGAACCAGCGUGCUAAGAACAAAAAAGCAUCUGGGGGAAACUCAUGA